ACCAGAAAUGUAUCUGAGCCUCUGAGCUGCCCUUCCUGACUUCCGUUCCUUUGAUAUGACUGGCCUAACCAGAAGGCGUCGCACCGCCCAGCAGAUCCUCUUGCGACGAGCCUUGAACAAAAGCGUUAGCAGAGACCUUGCCACCACCGAUUGGGUCUGGAAGCAGGGCGACAUUGUGGAGGCCCCUUUUCAGAUCAGGAAUUCCCAAAUUCAGGAGAGAUCCUCGUCGAGAGCAGUGAGGAAACUGCACAGGAUUUUAGCAGCCAAUCCCUUUAGGCUUUUGGGUGAGAGGAGAACGGCAGGAAAGCUACCAGGAUGUGAUCUUCAACAGAAGGACUCUCGCUCCUGGAGAAAGCUCAAGCCAAGUGAGAAUAAGCCCACCUUAAGCGGUCACAGCCUGAAACCCAAUGAACACUCUAGGGGCAGCACUCGAUCUCGACACAGUUCCUCCACUUAUCCCUCCACCUGGCAGCUGAAUAUUAACAAGGCCAAGGAAGAACCGAAGGAGAAUUCAAACGGAUCCCUGGACGAGAUCAUCAAUUGUUCGAUUCUCAAUCGAACGCCCUAUGAUCACAAGCUUAAUACGCCACUCAAGUCGGAUAAUUUCUGUCAAUGCACUAUAAAUAAGAAAGCCAGAAGGAGGAGCAGGAAAUCAAAAGUGCUUCCUGGGGACCCAGCACACGCCAUCACGGAAAGUACAAGAAAAAACCCCUCGGAAGAAAGAAGUUUCGAAGCAUGUGGUCUAUUCCAAAGAUUGAAGGAAAGGGUCUACAGCGGUGAGGAAUUCGGUCAAGUGCGCAGGAUUUGCAGAAAAUCCUCAAAAAACAGCGGAAACUCAAAGAUAUCUUUCGGUUGUAAACAAAAUUGUGCUGGACGAUCUUACAAGAACUAUGGAGGAUAUAGUCCCUCAGAAACGGAUAUUGAAGUGCCAGCUGAAUACCAACCCAAGCUGCAAGGCCGAUUUGAUUAUCUUAGCAAAAUAGAGAGGAUCAGCAAGCCGCCCUCAGGCUUGGAUAAUAAGUGGAGCCUUAAAAUGCCCAGCAAUACGGAAAUCAAACAGUAUAUGGACAACCCAGCCGUGGAUCGACCCAAGUACAAGCCUCAAGAUCGGGAAGUACGGCGAAAGAUCUCCCAUUGCUAUUGUGCAAAAAGAAAGAGAAACCUCAACCAAGGAAGGCGUGGUCUGAAUAACUCAAAUUUCUCAAAUGAUUCGUUACUUGAUGAUCCAAAAUAUAGGAAUAAAAUACCUUCACAAGCUAGCUUAUUAUCGUCUGACAAAUUUUCCCAGCGCCUUAAUGAUGUAGAGGGUGAAGAUAAUUUAAGCCAAAGUCAGUUUGGGGCAUCAAAUAUUUACCAACAAAAUAUAAUAUCCAAUGGGAAGAACAAUGCAAAUGUCUAUCAAAGCAAUAAAAAUGAAAGUAAAAGACAUCCUUACUCUGAUCCAGAAGAAUACUCUUCAAAUGAGUCAGAUAAUCCGAAUACAGGGAUUUCAGCAAAGUACAAUCAGAAGGAUGGAGGGUCCUACGAUGCCAGGAGAGUUCCAUCUUCAGAAUAUCCACAAGCUGGGAGUCAAAGAGCCACUCAAGGUUUCAGUUCCCAGGAUCCAUCUCCGGGGAACUGGAAAAGGGCAAGCGGAGAGAAAGCAGGAAAACCCGAAAACAGUGGCCCAAAAUGCGUUGAAGCCAUUACCCAGACUUCUGAAUUAGUAAUAACCUACAGAAACUCUCCAGAACUGCCUUACAAUGCGGAACCAACCAAGAAAGGGCAGAAAAACGUUGUAAGAUCCAAUUUAGGAACGGCCAAUCAAGAAAACGACAGGCAAGUAAGGUCAGUUAAAAAUCCCCAGUCCCAAGAAGCCGAAAAAAAUAAGGCACAGCUUUCCGAACCAACUGUCUUAAAUCUAGUACAGUCCAACUCUCUUAUAAUUGAAUCCCAUGAAGAGCAAUAUGGUGUAGUACAAUCCAAACAAGUAGAAGUAGAAUCGGACCAAGAAUUCUAUCAAUCGCAAGAAAACUCAAUAAGGUCCAAUAUAGGAACAGUCAAGCAAAUAAAAUCUGGUAAAGCAACUCCGAGGACCCAACAACCCCGAGAAAUGAACAGGAAUCCUUUGAAACCAUCAAUUCCAUCUAAACAAGAGCAAAGUAAGCCACAAAAAUCAAAACCCACUGGCCUAAAUCUAGUACAAUCCAAUUCCCUUAUAAUUGAAUCCCAUGAAGAGCAUUAUGAUGUAGUGCAAUCCAAAGAAAUAGAACUUGAACCGCCCCAAGAGUCCUAUCAAUCGCAAGCAAGCUCAGUGAGAUCCACUGUAGCAACACCCAAUAAAGAACAUAUUAAGGAAGUAAAGUCAGGUAAAGCAACUCCGAAGACCCAACAUCCCCGACAAAUAAAAAGGAAACCUUCGAAACCAUCAAUUCAACCUAACCAAGACCAAAGUAAGCCACAAAAAUCAAAACCCACUGGCUUAAGUCUUGUCCAGUCGAGUUCCUUUAUAACUGAAUCCCAAGAAAAGCAAUACCACCUUGUACAAUCCAGUUCCAUAGAUCUUAUAGCGCCCGAAGUUACCGCUCCAAAACCAAAAAAGGUAAUUCGUCCUCGCAAACGGAAGAGAAGUCGAUGCUGCAGUUGCUGUAGUCGAUGUAGCACUCGAAAAAGGUCCUUGAAGAAACCAAACCCAUCCGAAAAAACCAAAAGCAAAGGUCAUUGUGAUGUUCGUGAGCUGUUAGAUAUUUUGCAAAAAACUGUAGCAGGGCUGGAGAAGCAAAUGAAUAACAGAAAGGGAUUCAAAACGUCUAAAAACACCAAGUCAAAAUCAAAAUUAAAUGAAGCUCAAAAUAAACAUUCUAUUGAUGUCCGUGCUCAACACUUUCCUUACCCUCAAGAAUAUUAUAAUUUGGAAAGAAGUAGAUUCGAUCGGGGUAUGAAUCAUUCUCGAAAUCAACAAUAUAGUUCGAAUACUCCUACUAAUUUUGAAAGACCAAGAAAUGCAUACCAAACAUAUUACGAUAAAAGAAGAUGGGGUUACGACGGUGCAAACUCAUCGAAUAUUUUUCCAACUAAUUCUAACACUGGCUUCACAGGUCCUAUUUCCUUAAGUUAUGGCGCUAGUCCAAAUAGCGUUGAACUAUCUGCAUUUUCCUAUCAAAAUCAGCGAAUUCAAAAGGAAGCAGUUCCUGAAAAUGACUAUUUUAAUAAAGAUCUAAGACCGUACAACAUUAAAGAUAUGAGAGGUCCUAAUUCUUUAAAUAAUGAAAUUCCAAAUCCAAACUAUGGUCAACCAUCAGCAGAUAUUUAUCACAACAACACCUAUCAAGGGGAAUCAUUGCCCCAAAAUAGAGCCAACCCAGCUACUCUUGAAGUGCCAUAUGGGAGUGAAGAACCAUCUAGAAGAAACGAGCAUGAUUACCCCAAAGAAAUAAGCGAACGAAAAAGCCAACCAUAUAGAAACCAGGAACCCUUUCAGGAACCUAUAGGCAUUACAAAUGGGACUCAGGAACACACUUUGAAUAACUAUACCAAUCAAAGUUUAAACCAACCAAUGAUUGGAGCGUGUCUAUGUAUUGGAAACAGUCCUCAAGUGGAGGUUCACGAACAGAACCCUUUCGCAAGGAAACCCAUGACGGAUUCUGCUUAUAGCCAAGGUUCAAAAGGUCCAACAAAGUUAGAAAGUCAGAACCCAAAGGAGAUAUGCAGGGGCCCAGAGUUUUGCCCUUUUAGCAGUUUGAACAAUGCAUAUGAUGGUCAAAGAAACAGAGGUCCAAUAACCUUUCAAGAAGGACACACAGAUAUACCUAACACUGAACGUGCUCUAACUCAAAAGCCCCUACAAAUAUGUGACAAUUCUAUUUACCCAUAUGCACUACAAAAUUCCAAGUCAUGGAAUAGUCCUAGUUAUCCCAUUUCAAACGAAACUCAACCUUAUCCAAAUGAAAUCGACCCACCCCAGUGCAAUCCUGAAUGUGUUUAUGAGCAAUCAAUAAAUUCUGGAUGUUGCAAAGGUCCCGAGUAUUGUCUAUACCGAAAUAAUCGGGGCGUAGUAACUUUUGAAGACAGCAAUACAUAUAGAAAUUAUCAAGACCCGAGAAAAGUAGGUGCUAAUUCAACUGACCAAGAAGCCAUGCAAUAUUCCACAUCGGAGAACAUAACUCAAUCUUAUCCAAUGGAAAGCGACCCAACAGCAGACGAUAUUGAUUGUUUUUGUGAUCAAAAGGAGAGACUCAUACCUUUUCAAAAGGGUGGAACCGCUAAUAACUCUGAAGACUUUUGCGGAAUUCCUCAUUGUCCAGAAAAUAAAGCAUUUGAAAAUGUUUCGAGCCGGACUGAAAGAAGACAAACGUAUCCGAAAAAAGAAUCGAUUUACAGGAGUUCCCAUAAAUAUCAUAACAAAGAAGAACUAUGCGAAUGUCCUGAAAGACAGGUACUUUUAGAGCACUCAAACUAUGCAGAAAACCGAAAAUCAUUUGAUCAAUCCAGGAAUCAGAAUUUUAAAGAGUCUUACCAGACAGAGGAGUGUUUACUAACUUGUCCGACGAGACUUAAGUGCUCUCAAGAUGAUAAAAGAAGAGGAGGUCCACAGAUUACUAUAGUCAGCAAUCACCGGAGAGAAGGAAAGGACACUAGAACGAGGAAUAAUAAACCAUCAUGUCUAGAAGAAGAGGAUUUAGAACCAUGCUCAAAUCGCAAAUGUCCCAAAGGAUUAAUAGAUCAUUUUUGCAACAACCAGCAAUACCCUGAAAAAAUAUUAAACAGGUAUGGGAGAGCAAAACAAGUUUACCAAAACGAUAUUCCCAACGAUAUAUGUGAAAAUCAAAAUUGUCCCGAUAAAAACGCAAGAAAUAGGGAACCAUAUACGGUCAAAAACUCUAUAAAAGGCGAUAGAAAAUGGAAGGGGGAAAGGCAAACACAAUUAGAAGAAAUGACAGAGGAUGUCGAUUCUCAGGACUCAUGCCCUGAAGAUUGUCCUAAUCGAGAAUUUUUUACCAAUCUUAAAGAUAGAAAUAAGGACGCAACUACAGAUUGGAAAACCUACGAAAAUCCAAAAUGUUCAGAUAGAUCAAAAAGGCUGUCCAACAGAGAGGUUUUGUACAAGGAUUCCCAGGUCCCUGAAAAGAUAAUUCGGCCCAGAACUCAAAGAUACGAUAAAGCUUGUGAUAAUUCAAAGUGUCCCAAUAAAAAUGGGAUAUAUGGGGAUCAAAAUAAGUAUCGAACUUAUAAUAGACUGGGUUCUCAAAAAAAGUACGAUCAAAAAUUGUGUGAGAAUGCAAAAUGCACUGAUAAAAACAAUAUGCACAAGAAGCGGAAUGAAACUGGAUAUGCUGCAAGUGAUUCGAAAAAAGCUAAUUCUGAGAGACGAGCAUCCUAUAACGAAAAAAGAUCAACAGGUCAAAAAAAGGAUCAAAAUUCUAUAUGCCACGAACCCAACUAUCCAGAAGGCAAAGAAGAAGAUAACGAUAUACAUUUUAAGGAAGAUCCAGACUUAAAUCGUUCAAAUUGUUAUGACCGCCAAAUGUCUCGAAUCAACAAUGAUAUAAAUAAUGGUUUUGAAAUCUGCGAUAAUCCAAACUGCCCAGGUAGAUUUAGAGAAGUUGGUAAUAAAAAGAAUUAUGAAGAGAAUCAUUAUGAAAAAGAAGUGUGUGAGAAUCCACAUUGCCCCGAUAAAGUAAAUAAAUCACCGAAAAGGUAUAAGUAUUCCAUGGAUAGAGAAAAAUGUCCCAAUGACAAAUGCUAUGAUGCAGAUGAACUAGACCUCUGCCCUAUGGAAUGCCCUGAGCGUUACCGAGUUCUCUUCACCGAUCUCCGAAGGUGCAAAACUAAAACAAAUAAAACAAGUCGUCAAAGCAGUGGAAGAGCCGAUGUAUACGAUGAUAGCCCCAUCAGAACUAAGUCCUGCAAGGCUUGCAAGCGUUAUAUACCCCUUGAAAGGGAUCGUCAGGCGAUUAACAAUUAUUGUAAGCCCUGUAGAAUUGAAGCAGCAGCGAAGAACGACUCUGUAGAAAGCUUAGUAAGAGCCGUCUGCAUAAGCCCUGGCAAAGAAGCGCCGGUUUUGGUUAGAAAUAGGCACAAUCCCCUGGUGACGGAUCCGAUUUUCAAUAGCUACGACAAGCAUAUUUUGAAAAAUUUCGAAAAGUACAAGGAGGAAAAUAAACUGCGGAAAUGUGCUGAGGACUGUCCUUUCAUUGGGCAUAUGGAGGUUAAAGAAAUAGCCCAGAAAAGUUCCUCUGAUUGCAGUUGCGAAAUGGAACACCAAGAAUAUACCUCCCAGUGCGAUUGCUCAGAACCUGAAAUUGUGGAAUGCGAAGAUACGAAGAACACUAAAUCUAAAGUCUCAUUCUUCGGUUGUUGUACAAAAUCACCGAAAGAUGAAAGUAAAUCCGAGCCUGAGCCACAGCGAAGAACUAAGCCUGUUCAGAAAGAUAAAGCUGAAUCAAAAUCGAGUGGUUUUAGCUGCUUCAAACGAAAGGAAAAACCUCCACAGGAAAAAACUAAGCCAAAAGAGAGAUCUGCUUCGAAAUCGAGUGGAUUCAGCUGCUUCAAAAAGAAGGAAAAGCCUCCUCAGGAGGAGCCGAAACCCAAAGAAAAAACUCAAUCUAAGUUGAGUGGGUUUAGCUACUUCAAAAAGAAGGAAAAGGUUCCCCAGGAAGAAGCGAAACCUAAGGAGAAGUCACCAGCAUCAACCAAGUCGAGUGGUUUCCUAUGUUUCAAGAAAACCGAAAAGCGCCCCCAAGAAGUUAAAGUUAAAAAUGAAAAGGUCAAAGAUACAAGUGAAAAACCAUCGAAGCGAAGCGGCUUUUUCGGUUGGUGUAGAAAAUCCGACGCACCCAAGGAGUACAGGCGAAAGCUAGAGGACAUUCCGCCAACUCCCGACUGCACAUGUAGAAGGGAUGCGGAUGCCAAAGAGGAAGAGGUUCCCAUGCUGCAACCCGGAGUUCCCUUCCGCUGUCCAUGUGCCCCCGAUGAUCUCGACGAUGGCGAGGUAAAAGUCCUGUAUGACUCCAGUUUCCGCUUCCAGAAGGAGAGCUGCAGCUGUGCUGAGGUGCCGAAAACCACAAUUUGCCAUAACAAUCCCCAAAACCCUGAGCAGGACACUUCGGAUUGGUAUGCUUCGUCGGCAAUAUCCUGCCGUCAGGAAAUCGAGGAGCAGGAGAUCCCUUACUGCCCCUGUGCCAGUGCCAAUGGCUUCUACAAAAUUGUGCGGUAACUAUGAUUGAGAGUUUCAACGAAAACUUAAACACUUUUGGGUAAACUCCCAAUCAUAAUUACUUUAAGUGAGCAGUUAGGAUCAGCGCAAAAUUUAUAUUACAAAUAAAAAUGUGAACUUAGUUA